CAGGCCCAGCCUUAGGGAGGCAUUGAUGGAACGGCCCUUGGAGAAUGAGGAUGGGUCCCUAGGCUCCCAGGGCCACACCACCGACUGGAGGUUUGCUGUGUGCAGUUUCAGGGAUGCCUGGGAUGAGGAGGUUAAGGACUCCAGUCCCCCAAGACCACCAACAGAGGCAGCCCAGGGGGAAGGGCAACAAGGCUGUCCCUUGCCCAGGGAGCUUCAGUCACCCCCAGAACGGCUGGCUGCAGAUGGGUCAGGGGAUGGCUGGAAGGGCACAUUAGGAAUUUCCUCAGUCCAGUCAGAGGACCCAGCCCCUUCUGGAAUGGAGAGUCCCCUCUGCCCCAUGUCCUCCUACCUCAGUCUGGCACAGGGUGGGAGUGAUAGCCAAGGGGGAGACUUGGCAGGGGACCCAGUUCUAGGCAAGGCUGUACCAGCUGGCUUGUGCCCUGGGGGAUUGGACAGUGGCCCUUUGGACCUUGGAGACCCUUUAUCAGACACUGCAUCAGAGCUGCUGGAAUCAGACCCCAGUGGAUCCAGCCUCCCCAAGCCUGCUGAAUGCCUCCUGGCCCAAGACCUCUCCUUGGAGCUGCUGGCCAGUGGCAUGGCCACCCUGCCAGGGACUCGGGAUGCAAAAGGUCGGGCAGUGCUGCUUCUGGACACCCACAACCCGGCCUGGCUUCACCCCAAGUGUGGCAGCCUUGAGCUCACCCGCCUCCUGCUCUACCUGCGAGACAUCCCUAGACCCGAAGUACAGGCCUUGGGACUGACCGUGCUAGUGGAUGCCCGAAUUUGCUCCCCGAGCUUUUCCCUCUUCUGGGGACUCAGCCAGCUGCAAGAAGCAGUCCCAGGUUCUGUCUACCAGGUGUUACUAGUGGGAGAAAUGCCAGAGGAGGUGCCUUGUGGGCUGCAGCUGGAGCUGCUGCCGUCCCAUCAGAGCCUGCUGAAUCACAUCCCCACUGUGGAGCUGCCUGCUUCCUUGGGUGGGGACCUGCCUUACUGCCACCAGGCCUGGCUGGACUUCCGGAUGCGUCUCGAAGCCCUACUGAAGAGCUGCCAGGUAGUUUGUGCCCUGCUCCAGGGGGCCAUUGAGAGUGUGGAGGCUAUACCCCGGCCUAUGGAGUCUGGGGAAGUCAGUCAGCUGCUAUGGCAGGCACGGGUCCUGAUGCAGCAGGUGCUGGACUCGCCACAGCUGGCAUGGCUACAAUGCCAGGGGGGCUUGGAGCUGGCGUGGCUGAAGCAGCUGGUCCCAGAGGUGACCCUGAGCCCAGACUACAGGCCGGCGGUGGAUGAGGUUGAAGAGCUGUAUGGUCGCGUGGAUGGACUACUGCACCAGCUGACCUUGCAGAGCAACCGGCGAGUACAAGCACUGGAGUUGGUACAGAUGCUGGAGGCCCAGGAGGGCGAACUGCACCAGACUGAAGUGUGGCUCCAGGAGGUGGGCCGGCCCGCACUGCAGGAGGCAGGGGAACCUUCAUUGGACAUGAUGCUCCAGGCCCAAGGCCCUUUCCAGGAGCUGGACCGGGCUGCCCACGAGCAGCUCAGGCGAGGGGAGAAGCUUCUGCAGCCACUGGCUGGCUGGGAGGCAGCUGAACUGGGACCCUUUGGGGCCCACUUUCUGGCCCUGCAAACCCAGCUGACUGAGUUCUCCAGGGCUUUGGCCCAGCGUCGACAGCGGCUGGCAGAUGCUGAGAGGCUGUUGCAGCUCUUCAAGCAGGCCUCAACGUGGGCUGAGGAGGGGCAGCGGGUGUUGGCAGAGCUGACACUGGAGCCCCCAGGGGUCGUGCUGCAGCAGCUGCAGCUGCACUGGACCAAGCAUCCUGACUUGCCUCCUACCCACUUCCGAAAGAUGUGGGCCCUGGCCACAGGGCUGGGUUCAGAAGGCAUCCGCCAGGAAUGCCGCUGGGCCUGGGCACGGUGCCAGGACACCUGGCUCGCAUUGGACCAGAAGCUAGAGGCAGCCCUGAAGCCACCACCGGCAGGCAGCUCAGCCAGCUUGUGUGUCAGUGGGGUCCUUAACGCACCUGCCACUCCUCCCCUGAGGAAGUCUUACAGCUUUGAUCAGAAUUUGGGACAGAGCCUCAGUGAGCCUGCCCCCCAUACCACCAUAAACACCACCCACCAUGGGCCAGAAACUGGAGGUGGUGCCCAGCCCAGGUCAUCCUCCACUCUGCCUCUGCCAGGCAGCUCUGACCUCAGGAACUCAAGCAGGCUUCAGCUGGUGCUGGCGGAGAUGGUAGCCACAGAGCAGGAGUAUGUCCGUGCCCUUGACUAUACUGUGGAGAACUAUUUCCCCGAGUUGGAUCGUCCUGAUGUGCCCCAGGGCCUCCGUGGCCAGCGUGCCCACCUCUUUGGCAACCUGGAGAAGCUGAGGGACUUCCACCGCCAUUUCUUUCUGCGUGAGCUGGAGGCCUGCAUCCAGCACCCACCCCGCGUGGCCUACGCCUUCCUGCGCCAUAGGGUGCAGUUUGGGAUGUAUGCACUCUACAGCAAGAACAAGCCACUCUCGGACGCCCUGAUGACCAGCUACGGCCAUGCCUUCUUCAAGGACAAGCAGCAAGCCCUGGGGGACCGUCUGGACUUGGCCUCGUACCUGCUAAAGCCCAUCCAGCGCAUGAGCAAGUAUGCAUUGCUGCUGCAGGAGCUGGCGCGGGCCUGUGGGGGCCCUGUGCAGGAGCUGAGUGCCUUGCGGGCCGCCCAGAGCCUCGUGCGCUUCCAGCUGCAACACGGCAAUGACCUGCUAGCCAUGGACGCCAUCCAGGGCUGUGACGUUAACCUCAAAGAGCAGGGGCAGCUAGUGCGACAGGAUGAAUUUGUGGUGCGCACCGGGCGCCACAAGUCCCUGCGCCGCGUCUUCCUCUUUGAGGAGCUGCUGCUCUUCAGCAAGCCCCGCCGUGGCCCUGCGGGCAUCCACACGUUCUCCUACAAGCGCUCCUUCAAGAUGGCAGACCUUGGCCUCACUGAGAGCUGUGGGGACAGCAACCUGCGCUUUGAGAUCUGGUUCCGUCGUCGCAAGGCCAGGGACACCUUUGUGCUGCAGGCUGCCAGCUUGGCCACCAAGCAGGCCUGGACGGCUGACAUCUCCCGCCUGCUCUGGAGGCAGGCUGUCCACAACAAGGAGGUGCGCAUGGCUGAGAUGGUGUCCAUGGGUGUGGGGAGCAAGACCUUCCGGGACAUCGUCUCCAGCGAGGAGGCUAUCAACGACCGUACCAUCAACUACGUCCUAAAGUGUCAAGACCCUCCCUUUUGUGCAGAAGUUCGCUCUCGGGCUUCCAUCGCUGUGGCCCCGUUUGACUAUGACAGCCCCUACCUGGGAUCCUCCAGCUCUCUUCCUGGAGACCCUGCCUCUUGCUCUGUACUGGGGUCCCUCAACCUGCACCUGUACAGAGACCCGGCUCUCCUGGGCCUCCGCUGGCCCCUGUAUCCCACCAACUUCCCAGAAGACGCAGCGCUGGAGACUGAAGCAGAGCUGGGUAGCCAGCCCUCUUUGACUCUCGAGGACUCCGAGGUCUCAUCCCAGUGCCCAUCAGCCAGUGGCUCCAGUGGCUCUGACAGCAGCUGUGUGUCGGGACAGGCUCUGGGCAGGGGCUUUGAGGACUUGUCCUAUGUCUGACCCAGGCUUGAAGGCGAGCACUGGAUCCAGCAGCCCGGGGCUCCAAGGAACAUCACCUCUCUUUGGAUCUUCUGUGACCAGGGACUGGCCGACAUCCAAGCCAUCCCCAGCCCACACGGGCAGCCCUGUUGGCCACCCUUUCUGAUGUCUGUGCCCUUGGACUGAUUGGCAGGGGCCCCUCCCCGGGCAUCUGGCUGCAGAGCCUGAACAGGCACCCUGAUCCUGGGUUCCUGGCCCCAUGUGCCCCUCUUCUGCUCUGCUCUCCAGUCCCCACACCAUUUGGGAAUUAAGAUGAGGCUAAGCAGAGGGUGAGUGUUUCAUGUUCUAGGCUGGCAGGGACUCUGUGGCUCCCAGCAGUUCCUGGGCUGCCCUUACCCCACAGGAGGAACACAGGUGGGUUCCCAGAAACAGCUUCCCAGACUCUGGCCUUACAGCCAAGCUCCCCAAACUUACGGGCAAGUCCACCCCUAUUGGGCCCUUAACUUUGCCUGCCCCGGCUCCCCAGGCCCAGCCCCUUCUUUCCCAGGUCAGUUUGGUUCUUUUGAUUCAAUGCCUUUUGAGUAACUUUCAAUUACAGUUGUUGUCUGAAAUUAAAUUGUUAGGCUGUUGGUGUCUCAGAAAGGAAGUCCAGGCUUUGACUCGUGGUUUGCUCUUUUAUUUGUUAACAAUGAAAAAUAGACUGAUAUGCGUCCUUGGGUGGUCAUGUGCAUUCUGGGGACAUCCAUAGUUAGAAUGAGCCUUGGUGGGUGGGAGUACAGAGGUGGCAUCUCUGGACACCCUAGCCGUCUUGUAAGUACUUGGCCAGGAUUGAGUAGGACACAGAUUUAGACAGGCCCCUCUGGAUGAGCAGGUCCACGCAGCGGCCGUACUUCUUGGCAAAAGGCAGCGUGAGCUGUAAGGAAAGGCCCAUCUUACCCCUGAUUUUCUGGCCAACUGCCUACUAGCUAGUGGGGACACGGGGGCUCCUGUCUGGGCAGGGGCAGGGCAAGCCUGGUUGUUGGGGACCUUUGAUGCUUUCAGCCUCACUUCUGCCCAAAGGCAUCUCACAGGACCAUGGCUAGGAGUGGCUACCGGGAACCGGUCACAAUGACCAGAGGGUCAAAAAUGGAGAUUUCUGGUCACUGGUUACUUUCCAGCUGUAGACAUUGACUUCACCUUUACAACCAAUAUAGUGAAAGGGGUUAUAAAUCAUUUGAUUAUUGGAAUGCCAAAUUAAUGAGAAAUUAGCUAAAUCUUUUCCCCCUUCAAUGUUAAAAAUAAUAAAACCCUAAAGUUA